CCAGAGACACUUCAUUUUGUCAUUUCCAACUGCUAGUCGACGAGACAGGGUGAAAGAUCUGCUGCGAGAAAAUGGCCAUCGGAGAUUAUCCAGCGGAGUACAAUCCCAAGAUCCACGGACCCUACGAUCCGGCUCGUUUUUACGGCAAACUAGAUACUCCAUUCGGACAGGUGAAGGUUGGUGAAAUUGGAGCUUGGUUGGGACGCCGAGAAAAGAGUCCUCGGGCAUUGGCCGGGGUUUUCAGCCGUACGUUCUGGAGAUGGCAACACAAGUACAUGCAGCCGAAGCGUACCGGAAUUGCUCCGUUCUUCCAAGUAAUCGUCGGGGGAAUGGUGUUCUUCUACGCCAUUAAUUACGGCAAGCUGAAACAUCAUCGCAAUUACAAGUAUCACUAAAGGUAAACUGCGACAAGCCCGGUGUUCGACUCCACAUUGAGCAAAAUUGUAGCACAACUUCGCUCUUUCAAUGGUAGGGAACUAUGCUGGAUGGGCUAAUAGUGAACUCUUGGUUGGAGUAAAAAUGAAACGAAAAAAAAAUUAUGUAAUGAGUUGAUAAUAAACAUCCCAACAUAUAGUAAACGUAAA